AUGCUCAAGAAAGAGAAGGUGUUUAUCUGUGACUUGCUCCAUUCAGGCUCUCUUGGGUGCCAGAACAGCCCUGCUUCCAGCUGCACAGCCAGUAUUAUCACUGGGUGCUAUUUUUGGCUCCUGAGUAUCUCAUCCUUCCCACACCAGCCCUGGUACGAAGGGCACAAACUCUUCUUUCCACUCCUCCUCCUCUGCUGCCGGCUCUGUCCCCGCUGCUCAGGGGUCUCCGGACACUUUUCCUUGGUCCCUCAUUUCCUGGGCAAGAGGUUUUCCAUCCAAAGCUUCAUGUGGGAGGCUUCAUGUUGGCAUCCAGAGUACAUGUCCCAAAUAUGUCCAGCCUCACUUUCUGAUCCUAGUGCCAAAGAGCUGCAGACAGAUGACAGCAGCUAUCCUCCUUCCAUACUGAGGAAAAGGCCACCUGUGGACCAAGCUGUGGGGGAAAAGAGGAGAGCAGAGAGGAGGGUUCGAUUUCGUGAGCCAGAAGAAGUCAUCGAACAUGUAAUUUCCUGCUGUGACUACGUAGUGGCAGAUGACAGGACAUCAUCUGGAUUGCCUGUGCUCCUGUGGCUCUUGUUUUGUGCAGUGCUGAUCCUUGCUGUGAGUCUCUACUACACCAGCAUGAAGCAAGAUGUCACAGUCCUAGAGGAAUUUCAAUCCCGACUUGUCAUCUUCUUUCUUCAUAUAAGACAUGUUGCUCAGAGGUGCUGGACUUGGUUUCUGAGGCAGUAGCAGUGUCCUCCAGCCUGACACUGCUAAGAAACAUCAGUGCAAAGCUCCCAGCCUACUGCAGCCACAGGCAAGGAACACAUGAGCAUCCACCUCAAAGAGCAAGAAAAUCACCCCUGCUGCGCACCAUCCAGCAAACACUUGUUCUCCUUUUUCCUUCUUUGCUGUUUUUCUUUGUUUCACAUCAGUGAACAUUCAUACUAACGCCUUGAGGUCCCACCAAGAUCACUCUCCAUCACCCUGAACAGCAAACAAGUAUCUAGAUUUUGCUACCCAGAAUUAACAAGCUGCUGAUAUGAGGAGCAAAAGCAGAGAGAGAAACGCAUUGAUCUGUGCAGGCAGCAGCAAACUUGGAAGAAAAGUCUUGUGAGUCUCAGGUCAAGGCUUCAAAUACCAAACCAUCUUUCUCCUCAAGUCUCCUAAGAAUUAUUCUGCAAAGGUUAAAAUAAAGCUGAGCUAUUGCACAGACACUGCUCUGGUGGCCAAAUGCUUGGCAAGCUGCUAUACACCUGAAAUGAUUAUUAGCAAAAUCCCAGCAAAUGGCUUUCUUAUUUCCUUUCACACAUUUCGUUUAUCCAUGGGCAAAAGCUGGUUCUUGAUGCUUCACUUGACUCCCAGGUGUGGAAAAGAACAUGGAAACUCAUUUAAACAGAAAAUAGUUUAUUUGCCUAACAUAAUAAAUAGAAUCAUUGAAACCCAGGUUAAUCAUCAAAACAGUAGUUUAAUCAUCUGGGUUUGAUUCAGUCCAUAAACCCCACAGGCUGACAUGCAAGAUUUAUGAUAGUGCUUGUAUUCAGACAGAGGCUAUGCCUGACUAUUCAAGGCCUUAUAUCAUGAUAAUAUGGACUGCUUGUGAAGGUGUUGGAUGCACAGUUCCUUUAUCAUUGUCCCACCAUACUAUGCAUUUCUCUGAAAGGAAUCCUUUUAACAGAGAUCAUGUGAAACGAUGCUCUGGGUUUCUGAGAGGAGAACAAAUGACUGCAAGUUCAUGAGCUUCAAAGAACCAGCACAACCAGCUUUUUAGAUUUUAGAUUCUGCUCAGCUAGCACCUGAUGUGUGCUUGGAAUUAUUUUGUAUGGUAAAAUUGACAUCAGAACCCGUAAGUAAAAGAAAAAGGGGGGAAAAAAAGAGGGGGAAAAAACACUGCAGAAAAGAUGGAGAUGUCUGCAAGACCUUGGUUUAUACUCCCCCUGUCAUUGCAACCAUCAAAAAGAAAAAAAUGGUGCUUUAUUUCUAAUUGUUUUUUUUAAAAAGAGGGUCAUACAUCUGCCCCAGCAACCUUCUCCCAAGCAGCCCAAGAACUUAAACCAGGAGAGGAUAAACAGGAACACAACGUGCAAUCUUCUCUCAGGAGAAGAGGAGGCAGCGGCUUGACUGAAAAUAAGUCAGAAAAAUUGCAGCCCAAGACAGAAAGAAGUGCCUUCAGUGGCUCCUCUCCUGCCUCUCCUGAGCUGUGAAAGCCUCAGGCAGGCGCUGGACAGGAGCUGGCCUGGGAAGCAGAGGGUGCAGCAGGAGCAGGGUUUGGCUCAGGGGGCUGUGUACAAAUCACUGACCUGCACCCCAGCUCAGAGGGUGACUCCCAGCACUGCUUCCCUCCCUUCUCCCCUGUCUCAGCCCUGCUCUUUAGGUAAUAAAGAAGAAUGGUUUUAAACCUGUGUGCUGGUGAAUCUCUAGGGAAAAGGUUUAGAUUGGUACCUGCUUGGGGCAAGGGGGUAAUUUUUACUUCUGUUUGCAUUUUUUGAAUGUUUGUGAUCAUUUUAUUGUCCAGGUUGAGAUUCUUUGGCAAAUCAGUGGUGUUUCUUUUUGGACUCUGGGCUGACUCCUCUUAGGACUGCAAGGAAAAUGUGGAGGUGGUGUGAAGACCAGACAUGUGCUCAGCUUCCUGCACAGCUCCCAGGGGAUGGACAGAGGACCACCUUCACACUGAGCCUGCUAUAAAAGUAAAAUGUCCACAUUCCUCUUCUUGGGGCACCAUUUAUUGGUGUGAGUGAGAACUGCUAUCACAUCUGGGCUGUUAAGGAUAUUUAGCAGAGGAACAGCUAUUUUUGGCCUUUGUGUUGGCUGUGUUUGGGAGUGUUUUGGGCAUGGGAAAAGACAGCACUCGAGUUAUCUUGAGACCACUGUUGAGGUCUCACCAUGGCUUUACAAGGUCUCCUGGGUCAGAAUUGUUUACUGUGGUCAGUCAGAUACUUGGCAGGCAGCAGAAAGGCAAAUCAAAAUUGCCUCCAAGCCAGAAGGUUUGAAAUAAAUGAGGGCUAAAACCUAUUUCUGGCAGAGCAGUGGUAGCUUGUAACUGAAGCUAAGAAAGCCAUUGCAUGUGGGAGUGAAAGAAGUGGGUCAAUAACAUGACUGAAAAAAUUCCAGCUCCUGGGCCUGCACUUCUUUUCUGCUGCACAAUUUCACCGUGGACUUACUUCUUUUAUUUCCUUCUCACACUGAACUGCUUUUCCCAUUCAUCCAUACUGCUUAAACACCCACAACCACUUUUCCCUCUCUGGCCCUUCAUUCUUUAGCCAUCACAGCUUUAUCCUCACCACCAUGAGCUGGAUGUGAUUUCUCCUUAUUCUUGUUCAACAGUGUUUCUCCUGGGUGUGACACCUUUAUAAGUUUGGAUCUCUAAAGUUACAUUAAAUCAUCUGUGUUGGGUAAUAAUCCCCUUGCUGGCCAUGCUGGGCAAUAUUUGCCUUCAGUACAACUCCUGAGAAUUUCCGAAGAGAGGUAAAAAGGAGAGAGAGUACAUAAUUUAUUGCAGAAAGUGGAGAUGCUCACCUGAAUUCACACUGGAGGCCGCUUGGUGAAUUGCCUCAGAAGUCAAAAGUGCUGCAGCCAACCAGCUCUGGGCAAUUGCAUAAUGAAGCUUGGAAAUGGCUGUGUUUUAGAUAUAAAGCUCUGAAAUAGGGAGGGAUGUAGGACAGGACCCGGGUGCAGUUUUUGCAGCAGACAGUGGGUAGGAGCAUUCCCAGGAGCAGCAUCUGGGGCGGCAGGAGGCAAAGGGGAGAGCAGCAGCUCUGUGCAUGACAAUGGACUAAUGGCAGCCCCUAAGGCUAACAGUGCUGCUUAAAUUCCCUGGUGCAGUGAGUAUGUAGCCAGCACACAGCAGAAAUAAGCAGAUCACAACAGAAGGGUAAGUGUUGUUUUGACAGUGUUCAGCACAUUCCUGCAGUGUGAACGGAUGGAGGGCAGCUGCCAACACCCUCUUCAGGCACAUGGACAGCACCUGAUUGCAGCAGCAGGAGUAUCCAUACCCAUAUGAUUAGAGGAGAUACAAAAAGACAUAGAGAGACAACACUGGAUGGUUUUGCAUUAACCUUUUGAUGCACUCAGCAUUAGCACCAGUGAAAGGCAGUUCCAAAGAUUGGCUCAAGUCCCCUUCCUUCCCUUCAUGUCUCCAACCCUGAUAGUCUGGAAAUGAGCCCAUAGCAGCAAUUGUAAUUGUCAUUUCUGCCUUUUGCCACUUAGAAGCAAGCAGAAGAGCUGGCAGCUUGUGACUAUAAAAAGGGUAUUACCAGCUGCCCCCAAGGAAUAACUCAGGAACCUAUAAGAUAAUAGUGUUUCUUAUUAAUUCUUUGCUCCAAGAUAGCUGUUGGGAACCUUUAUUCUCACUUCUGAAGAGAAAGACUGAUGCUACAUGAAGAAAAUUAACCAGCUGGCAUUUAGAAAAAUGGCCUGUCCAUGCAGCCUGUGGUGUCACCCUACAUUUGGUAACAAACCAGCUGCAUGUGGACACAGGACUAUUUUGUCCUUGUCCCCAAUGGCAUUAGGGUGAACUGCUGGAAGAGGAUACCAAAAGGAUCAGGCAGCUGAGGAUGGUUGGGCAUACCUUUAACAAUACCAGCUGUGGCGUGGGGAAGCUGGGGAAUGACUACAAAGACUCUACCACUGACUUGGAGAACAUUUUUUUUACCUUAUAUUAUAAUAAUUUAAACUCACCUUCAAAGAACAGGCACAGAAACAAUGACUUUUCAAAUAAUUUAUUUUUAUAUUUCACCAAAUCAUAAAAAGCCGAUGCACUGUUCAGCAAAAAGCAUCAAUAUAUAAAACACAUUAACUCGUUAUCAGUAAUGCUGGAGUGUACCACAUACACUGAACCCAGUCCAGCUCCUACUAAAGCCGCAGGAAACUCAGUGACUGCACUAGCAGAAGGAUUGGAUUCAGCAUUUUUCUUUGCUGAGUGUUUACAAAGGGCUGUAUUAAAAUGCUAGUAAAAAGCUUCUCUUUUAAGACUGUAUCAAAACAAUAAUAAACCUCACUCCCUUUCUGGUUUUGUCAAACACAUGCAAUUAAAGCAGUCAUUACACUGCAAAAGACCAUACAAAUAAACAAAGAUAAUAUUCAAAACAGGCCAGGCUCUACCCUCACUUAUGUGGAUCAGCAUGGCUGCUCACAGGAUGAUCUAUGUACACUGGUGAGGGAUCUGCUCCUCAACUGCUUUCAGUGGUUAAACAAAUUAUGAAAAAGUGUUCUGCUUUUUCCCCAAAUACCCGCUGUAGGAACCUCUUAAGCAGCAUUAAAAAAAAAAAAAAAAAAAGAAGAAGUAGAUAAUCUAGACUCUUAUAAAGCUUUUCCCAGGUGGCUGUAAGAGACAGUAUGAUUGAAUACAUACAUCACAGGACACAUAUUUCAGAGAGCCUGAAAUGCUUUCAGGCUCUGCACUGACUUACAAGCAAGAAAGAUCUGCUUCAGAUCUUUGCAGGUGGUACCACACCUAAAUCUUUUAAAACUAUGGGUGCUAAUGAGCUACCCUCACAAAUGCCAACUCUACAGAGAUUUGGGAACAGUCUUUCCUCCUCCAGGCAAGGCAAGAGCUGCACUGGACAAAGGGCCAGUGUAGGAUGUCUGGAUCUGCUCUCCUCCAAAUCUGGUGGCCAUGUCAGCACCUUUACGCCAGAUACCUGCACAGCUGGCACAGCUGGCUCUCUCCAGAAGCCAACUUUAGAUCGGCACAUGCUUCAAGAGGUGCUCUGCAUUAGUGAGGCCACAUGAGCAGGCCAAGCAGAGGCUGAAACUGGUGUCAAUGCCACUCCCCCAUAAUCACAGCCCAAAAGCUGAAAUUCCUCAUGGGAAAUGCACUGACUCCUCAUGACCUAUUUCUGUUCAGACUGAUGCCACUGUCCUGCACACCUCAGCUGUCCUUGUCUCUGUUAGGAAGGGAUGUGAGAAAUAAGACCCAAUCAGCUUGAUAGCAAUAAAAUCCUCUCUGAAGUCUGCAGGAAUGUUUUUGAAGAUUAAAGGAUGCAGAGGGAGGAAACUUCAGUGGAACUGUUGGGGUGUUUUGUUAUUUUUGUUUUGUUUAUAAACAUUCAAAAACCUCUCUGGAGUGUACUUCAGAUAACAAUAUAUUGAUUUCUCAGUAGUGUAGUUUGGGCUAUUUUAAUUAGAGUGUAUUUGACCAGAAUUGCUCUGAUACCAGCAGCCUGUACUGGCUGUGGGCCCCAGCAGAGUGGUCCCGCCACGGAAGGAUUCUGUUGAGUACAGAGCUUCUCAGCACCACUGAGCACAGGGACUGCCUGCUGCUCUCAAAGAAUGUGGCUCAAUAAAGAGGCUGCCAGCAGCUUGUGAAGUGAAAUGCUGGACCCUGUUUCAACAACCACAAUUAAAAGUGUUGCAGCAGCCUAGAAAGUGGAAUGGAUUAACUGAUGCUCCUGUGUGCUCCAGGAAGAUGUGCUGUGUUUCAGACACAGACUGCUGGACUUUACAUUGUUAAUUGGGAGAAAUAAUUCUCUCUGCUGCAGGAGAGACGGAGUGAAGAGUUCUGGACUGUGUAAUGUGAGAUACCAUGACAGUUUUCAAACAGUUUUUUAUGGUUUAACAUAGCACUCAUUUAACUCCACCAGGCUCCUGGAGAGACUGGUGGCACCAGCCUUGGAAACCUCCCAGAGCAACACAUCACCCAAAUCAGGCCUGGCUUAUGUAAAGGGAAGGGUUCAGUGGCACAAUCCAGAGAGGCUGAAUGAGAACAGGGAAAAUCCUUGACUGCUUUCCUUAAUUUCUUGACAACAUUUUCCACAGAGACUGCAAUUUUUCUCACAUUCAUAAAUACACUUCAGAGUCUGUAUCCACAGUGGAGUCAAAUUUGCCCAGUUCUAGGGGGAAACAAGGAGAAAAUAAGGAGGAGAUGAAGAGUAGUUUGGUCUCAGGACAGUUUACUCAUUUGUGUGGGAAAUCAUCCAAGAUACCAACAGUAUUUACGAAUCAUCAUUCUCACCUCCUGGCAGGUUGGCUCAACCCUCACUUUACAACACAGCUGAGUGACAAGGGGGAACAAAACCUUCUCACAUUGGGUUUCUACCACAUACAAAAAAUUCCAGCUAUUUCAGUGAGCAGCUCUUGCUUCCAACUAGUUUAUCUCCUUGCUAAACACCAGAGCCAGCAUGGUAAAUAAUUGUUAUUUAGGAAUUUCAAGCCAAGUAGAAGAGAUCCAGCAUGAGGAUUCAAAGGGGAUCAAGGCUAACCUUUCAUGUCUAAUGAAUUGCUGUUGUUGUCUUUUUAUUUUGGUGAGAAAAAAAUAAAUUAAAAAUUCCCAAACCAAAAUUAUAUCAUUAUUUGCCCAAUGCAAAGUGCUAUUCACACAGCACUUCUCAGGUACUUAUGCCCAUUUUUUAGCAAUGAGGAUUUUACAGCAAGCUAAUAAGAAUUAAAUCCUUUAUCUGUAUAUGGAAAUAGGAUUUAGACUCUCACAUGGAUUCAGGGUUUUUUUUUUCUACUGUGUGCAAUAACAGUUCAAGCAGUUACAAUAGCUGUGAGAGGAAGAGAUCUUUAAGCACAUGAGUGAAUACAUUCACAUUAAUCUAUGUUUGCAAUAGCAGUUCAAUUACACUCUUUGGCAUGGACAA